AUGGAAGCGCUGAACUUGUGGGACGUUCCAAUUGCGGCGGUGUGCAGCAGCAUCACGGACACGCAUACAUCCCUAAAGAACGAGGUGAGAAACAAAUUUCUCAAGUUGUUCUCAUCUAAAUUGGGGAAGUGCAACCAGACAACCUUCUCGCUGACACUCGUAAAAGAUGCCAAGGUCCCCUUUAUACGUGCUCGUCCGGUACCGUUCGGAGCACGGAAACAGAUUGAGGACGAGCUGAGACGAUUAGAGGAGCAGGGUAUUAUCUCGCAGAUCAAUUAUGCCGAGGCAGCCACACACCCAUUGUGGCUGUCAAGAAAAAAAACGGGAAGCAAUCUGGACCUAUCAAACGCGUUUCUGCAGGUGGAGCUUGGGGAGGAGGCGAAGCGAUACAUGAAUAUCAAUACGCAUAUUGGACUAUUCCAAGUGAAUCGCAUGCAACCAGGAGUCAAGACGACGCCGGGUCAGUUUCAGCAAUUAAUGGACUCCAUCCUGGCUGGAUCAGGAGCAAUGGCAUAUCUUGACGACAUUAUAAUCCCAGGCAAGGGAGUGGAGGAUCACGGACGUCGUCUGCACGAGGUGCUCAGGAGACUGGAGAACGCUGGUCUCACACUGGCAAUCGACAAAUGUACCUUUGGUCAGCCAGAAAUCAAAUUCUUGGGAAAAAUUAUUGACGAAAAAGGACAACGCCCGGAUCCUGAGAAGCUGCAAGCCGUCCGAAUCUUACCACAACCUACAGAUGUGACCCAAUUGAGGGCCUUCCUGGGAGCAGUAAACUGGUACGGAUCGUUCCUGCCACAUCUCAAAGACCUGCGAGGACCGUUGGACGACAUGUUGCGAAAAGGAGAGAAGUUCCUGUGGACGAGGGAACGAGCUGAGGCUUUUACCAAGCUCAAGCAGGCACUACAUGCCAAUCUGGCGUUGACGCAUUACGAUCCAAAGAAACCUCUUAUCGUGGCGGCUGAUGCGUCAAGCUAUGGAAUUGGGGCCACGCUCCUUCAUCCGUUGAAUGACGGAUCCUUGAGACCUGUUGUGUCCGCGUAUCUUGGCUGUCCCGUGGGCAGCCCUGGGCAAGGAAAGGAAGGCACACACAGACUUGUAAUAAGCGCACUACCUUUAUUUGGUAUCCUACACGGGAACCGUACUCGUGGCCGGCCGUACAGAGAGAGAGUGCCUCUUCGAGGCGCAACGCCUGUAUACCUACGCACGCGCCGUCACUACUUCUUCAGUGCGCAUCCCGCAGGAUGCGCGCGAAGUAUAAACGCGCUCACACAACACUCCCUCCGCUUAGAAUACAAACACUUGGGAGUAUUGUGUGGUUCUUAA